AUGAAAGAUGGAGUGUUGAGGAUGAUUGUGUCAAGGGUCAAAGUCAAAGACCAUGACAACAAGUGUACUCACUUUCUUCCUCCCAACACAGCGGCUGAGGACCAUCGAUUUGUGGUGAAAGGUUGUAAGCGUUCAACCAGUAGGAGACGAAGAGGUGAUGGAGGAGGUUCUUGCGUUUCAUUCGACUUGCCAGGUGUUUGUAGUGAUGAUAUAUUGGUGCUUCCUAAUGAGAAUGAAGUCAAGUUCUAUGGUGAGAACAAGGAGGUCUAUGAGCACGAUGAUAGUUGCCGUAUCUUCAUGGGAGCCAUCACCCGUUCUAGCGUUUGUGCUCCUGGAGUUCCACUUUGA